CCUCUGUUGAGCGCGAUUCGAGAGAUACAUAAAAUGGCAGCCUCCAUGUCUAUUUCAGCCUUCAAACAAAUCUGGAAAAUGCUGCCGUCGGGGAAGAAUUUUGACCGGGUUUUCAACAAGAUCAACAUGGUCGCAGUCAGUCCGGGGAGAUGUCGCUGCGAGAUGACCGUGGAAGAGGAACACACCAAUGGACAGGGGACGCUGCAUGGGGGAUUCACAAUGUCGUUGCUGGACUAUAUGACAUUUUUCACCGUUGUUACGGGAACCUCGGGACAGAUGGGCGUCAGCGUACGAGCCAAUAUGAAUUUCUUGCAGUCUGCCAAAGUCGGCGAGAAAGUAGCCAUGGAAGCCGAACUCGUCAAAGCGGGCAAGACCCUCGCUUUCACCAAGGCCGACCUCUUCAACGCCAAGGGUGACGUGAUUGCGCAGGGCCAACAGACGAUAUACAUCGGCAACAACGUAACCAUACAGGACAUGAUUAAAUCCAAGAUGGAACAACUUUGAAGUUACUGCUGCCAAAAUAUUAUCAUUGAAGUAAACUAACUGAUCAUUUUUGAUCCUGUGGACUUGGCAUGUUCCUCAUGGAUUUUGAAGUAGCAGGGAUGUUAUAUAAUAGGGACAUUCUAUAAAUUAUUGUUGAAAUACAAACUUAAGCAAAAAUAAUCCCUCAGGCUCGGUAUAUUGCUAAGGAAUUUUGAAAAAAGUUUAUUUAAAUACUGUAAGAAAAACACAUUUUAAAAUAUUGUGUUGUUUAUGAAGAAUAUUUUCACUCUGCGUGGACAUGUACAUAAUUUAAUGUGGAAUUUAUUUCAUUUUGAUUAUGCAUAUAACGACACUUCAAUGGAACCUCAGGCACUUUUUAGAGCACGCUUUGCAAGUUCUGAAAUAUAUGACAAGUUCAAAGUUUUA